GGGUGGCCCGGUUGGAGCUGACUUUAACUACGUGCCGCUCUUUGCUGGUGGCCUGAGCCGGGAGGAUGCUUUAUCCAUGCUGUGGGCUGGAGCACCACCAGAGGAGCUUGAUUUGAGAGGCGCCUUCCCAAAGUCCACCCAAGUUGUGGACAAGGUGCUGAAGU